AAUUAAAAUGGUAACCUUUUACUGAAGUUUUACUUUUUAAAGUGCUCAGACUUUUUAAUUUCAUCCUGAGGCAGAUUAUUCAGUUUUUUAAUGUAUGAAAGUCCAUUAUUAGAAUUUUUUGAAAGCUACUUCUUGAGUUACAAGUGGUUAAAUGAAUGCUUUAGAGAUCUGCCUUGGAUUUUUUUGAUUUCUUGAGCAGUGAGCUCAGAAAGUAUCUGACAUAGUUUCUCAGAUUAAAUGGCCUCCUUGGUACAGAGGUUCAGAUCUAGAUUGUAGGAUUGAUAUGAAUCUUUUCUGGUAUUUUUACUCCUCUUAAAUAGAAAAUGCCGAUAUAUUCAUGUGGCCUGACUUUUAUAUCUUAUUAAUAUAAGAGCGCAUAUGACAGAUGAAAAAUUAUGUGAUGGGUUUAGCAACUCUGCUCAGUGACUUUAAACUUUCAUGGUUGGUAUUUAAUUUGACAGUACUUAGUCUCGUGCUUCAAAGAGUAUCCUAUCCUCCAAGUAGCUUGAGGACACCAGCAGUUGCAACUUGGUAAAUUGGUUUGCUGAGCCUUUGCCACAUUUUAUUAACCCUAAGAAUUUAGCAACCUGGUUCUGAAAUCUGUGGUUUACAAGCGACAUAAUACUGAAAUCUGAAGGUUUGCAAGGAAAUAAAUAAUUCACAACGGACUUCUUCUCUUUUUGGUGGAUCAGAAGAUAAUGUUUUUUCUUUUCUGACCAGAACAUGUUACUGUUCCCUGAAGAAAAAUCUGGCUGUGGUGAAGAAAAAUGCAGCUGUAAGAAGUAUUUUUUCUUUUUAAAACUCCACUAAUAGAAUGAAGAUGGUGAAGGCCAUUAGCAAGAGAGAGUGAGUUAGCAGCGAAUGAGAUAUGGCAUCUGUGCUUGUUAAAGUGGCAGUUUGAGUAACUCGUGCUGACCUGAAGCAGUUUAAUUUUUCUCAGUAGACAAGAACAGAAAGGGCUGAGAAAGAUCCUGGAUGGAACUGAAAUGGCAACAAAACGGUUUGCUAUCCAUAAACAUUUCAGAGUGAUCAGAUGAAUUUGCCCCAUUACCCGAUUCUUAGAGGAGUAUGGUAGUGCAGAUGUCCUGAAAUCCUUACCCAACGUGCCACAGCUGCUUUCUCAAACUGGACAAAUUCAGCACACAUUGGCUGUGGCCUCGCCCCCCAAGGACUGUUCAACCCUUUGGAGGACUAGGGAAAAAAGUAAACCCUUAAUUACAUGGAGAUUUUCAAAUAACUAGUUAUGCAAGAUAAUUAGCUUAACAAUAAAUGAGUACCAAAUAAUAUAGAUUAAAUUUAUUUUCUCACCUGAUGACUUUGGUGUCUGGUAUCCUGGUAGAUUUCUGGUUACUACGCACAAAAGUAUUUAGAGGCUUAUUCCGUAGUUGAGGUGAAAGUGGUAAGAGGGGGAAAUGUUUUAUCCAAAAGGAGUAGAACAGUGACAGCCCUCUUGAAAGCGAGAGAGUGGCCACCCUGCUGUGUCCACCCACAGGUCUCUGGUCAGGUGUGGAUAUGUGCGGGGCAUUCUGUGUUGAUGGCGGUGACCAGUUUUCGUUAUCACCUUGCCUUUUCCUCCUGUUCUGUGCUUUGUCUCCUUUCAGCUCACUGAUUUAAUUCUCAUGACACCCAAUGUGAAAUAUGUUUGCUUUCUGGGGAAAAAACAGGCCAUACUCUGUAUAUUCUCCCUUGACUCUUUUCUACAGUAUUUAGCAUGAUCAUUAUGUGCACUAUUUUGACCAACUGUGUAUUCAUGACUUUUAGUAACCCUCCUGAGUGGUCGAAGAAUGUGGAGUACACGUUCACAGGGAUUUAUACAUUUGAAUCACUAGUGAAAAUCAUUGCAAGAGGUUUCUGCAUAGAUGGCUUUACCUUUUUACGGGAUCCAUGGAACUGGUUAGAUUUCAGUGUCAUCAUGAUGGCAUAUGUGACAGAGUUUGUGGACCUGGGCAAUGUCUCAGCGCUGAGAACAUUCAGGGUUCUCCGAGCUUUGAAAACUAUCUCUGUAAUUCCAGGCCUGAAGACCAUUGUGGGCGCCCUAAUUCAGUCCGUGAAGAAGCUGUCAGAUGUGAUGAUCCUGACAGUGUUCUGCCUGAGUGUUUUUGCCUUGAUCGGACUACAGCUAUUCAUGGGAAACCUGCGAAACAAGUGUGUGGUGUGGCCCAUAAACUUCAACGAGAGCUAUCUUGAAAAUGGCACCAAAGGCUUUGAUUGGGAAGAGUAUAUCAACAAUAAAACGAAUUUUUACACGGUUCCUGGCAUGCUGGAACCUUUGCUCUGUGGGAACAGUUCUGAUGCUGGGCAAUGCCCAGAGGGAUACCAGUGUAUGAAAGCAGGGAGGAACCCCAACUAUGGUUACACAAGCUUUGACACUUUCAGCUGGGCCUUCUUGGCAUUAUUUCGCCUUAUGACCCAGGACUAUUGGGAAAACUUGUAUCAAUUGACCUUACGAGCAGCUGGGAAAACGUACAUGAUCUUCUUUGUCUUGGUCAUCUUUGUGGGUUCUUUCUAUCUGGUGAACUUGAUCUUGGCUGUGGUGGCCAUGGCUUAUGAAGAGCAGAAUCAGGCAACCCUGGAGGAGGCAGAGCAAAAAGAGGCUGAAUUCAAAGCAAUGUUGGAGCAACUUAAGAAGCAACAGGAAGAGGCACAGGCUGCUGCGAUGGCCACUUCAGCAGGCACUGUCUCAGAAGAUGCCAUAGAGGAAGAAGGUGAAGAAGGGGGAGGCUCUCCUCGGAGCUCAUCUGAAAUUUCUAAACUUAGUUCUAAGAGUGCCAAAGAAAGACGUAACAGGAGAAAGAAGAGGAAGCAAAAGGAGCUCUCUGAAGGAGAGGAGAAAGGGGAUCCUGAGAAGGUGUUUAAGUCAGAGUCAGAAGAUGGCAUGAGGAGGAAGGGCUUUCGGCUGCCAGACAACAGAAUAGGGAGGAAAUUUUCCAUCAUGAAUCAGUCACUGCUCAGCAUCCCGGGCUCCCCAUUCCUCUCCCGCCACAACAGCAAAAGCAGCAUCUUUAGCUUCAGGGGGCCCGGGCGCUUUCGGGACCCGGGCUCGGAGAACGAGUUUGCGGACGACGAGCACAGCACGGUGGAGGAGAGCGAGGGCCGCCGGGACUCGCUCUUCAUCCCGAUCCGGGCCCGCGAGCGCCGCAGCAGCUACAGCGGCUACAGCGGCUACAGCCAGGGCAGCCGCUCCUCGCGCAUCUUCCCCAGCCUGCGGCGCAGCGUGAAGCGCAACAGCACGGUGGACUGCAACGGCGUGGUGUCCCUCAUUGGCGGCCCCGGCUCCCACAUCGGCGGGCGGCUCCUGCCAGAGGUGAAAAUAGAUAAGGCAGCUACUGACCACAGUGCUACAACUGAGGUGGAAAUAAAGAAGAAAGGCCCUGGAUCUCUCUUGGUUUCCAUGGACCAGCUGGCCUCCUAUGGGCGGAAGGACAGAAUCAACAGUAUAUUGAGUGUGGUUACAAAUACACUAGUAGAAGAGCUGGAAGAGUCUCAGAGAAAGUGCCCGCCAUGCUGGUAUAAAUUUGCCAAUACUUUCCUCAUCUGGGAGUGUCACCCCUACUGGAUAAAACUGAAAGAGAUUGUGAACUUGAUCGUCAUGGACCCUUUUGUGGACUUGGCCAUUACCAUCUGUAUUGUCCUGAAUACGCUGUUUAUGGCAAUGGAGCACCAUCCUAUGACGCCACAAUUUGAACACGUCUUGGCUGUAGGAAAUCUGGUGUUCACUGGAAUUUUCACAGCAGAAAUGUUCCUGAAGCUCAUAGCCAUGGAUCCCUACUAUUAUUUCCAAGAAGGUUGGAACAUUUUUGACGGAUUUAUUGUCUCCCUCAGUUUAAUGGAACUGAGUCUAGCAGACGUGGAGGGGCUUUCGGUGCUGCGAUCUUUCCGAUUGCUCCGAGUCUUCAAAUUAGCCAAAUCUUGGCCCACCCUGAACAUGCUGAUCAAGAUUAUUGGAAAUUCAGUGGGUGCCCUGGGCAACCUGACCCUGGUGCUGGCCAUUAUUGUCUUCAUCUUUGCCGUGGUGGGGAUGCAACUCUUUGGAAAGAGCUACAAAGAGUGUGUCUGCAAGAUCAACCAGGACUGUGAACUCCCUCGCUGGCACAUGCAUGACUUUUUUCAUUCCUUCCUCAUUGUCUUUCGAGUGUUGUGCGGGGAGUGGAUCGAGACCAUGUGGGACUGCAUGGAGGUGGCAGGCCAGGCCAUGUGCCUCAUUGUCUUCAUGAUGGUCAUGGUUAUUGGCAACUUGGUGAAGUGUGACAAAGUAAGGGCCAAGUGUAAAUCAAGAAGUGAACACCUCUCCCACUUUUCAAAAGUGCUGAACCUAUUUCUGGCCUUGCUCCUGAGCUCCUUCAGUGCAGACAAUCUGGCAGCCACAGACGAUGAUGGGGAAAUGAACAACCUACAAAUCUCAGUAAUCCGUAUCAAGAAGGGUGUGGCUUGGAUCAAACUGAAAGUGCGUGCCUUCAUGCAGGCCCACUUCAAGCAGCGUGAGGCCGAUGAGGUGAAACCUUUGGACGAGCUGUAUGAAAAGAAGGCCAACUGCAUCGCCAACCACACUGGUGCGGACAUCCACCGGAAUGGUGACUUCCAGAAGAAUGGCAAUGGCACCACCAGUGGCAUUGGCAGCAGCGUGGAGAAGUACAUCAUUGAUGAGGACCACAUGUCCUUCAUCAACAAUCCCAACCUGACCGUGCGGGUGCCCAUUGCUGUAGGCGAGUCUGAUUUUGAGAACCUCAACACAGAGGACGUUAGCAGCGAGUCGGAUCCUGAAGGCAGCAAAGAUAAACUGGAUGACACUAGCUCCUCUGAAGGAAGCACCAUCGAUAUCAAACCGGAAGUAGAAGAAGUCCCUGUGGAACAGCCUGAGGAAUACUUGGAUCCAGACGCCUGCUUCACGGAAGGUUGUGUCCAGCGAUUCAAGUGCUGCCAGGUCAACAUUGAAGAAGGGCUAGGCAAGUCAUGGUGGAUCCUGCGGAAAACCUGCUUCCUCAUCGUGGAGCACAAUUGGUUUGAGACCUUCAUCAUCUUCAUGAUUCUGCUCAGCAGUGGCGCCCUGGCCUUCGAGGACAUCUACAUUGAGCAGAGAAAGACCAUUCGCACCAUCCUGGAAUACGCUGACAAAGUCUUUACCUACAUCUUCAUCCUGGAGAUGCUGCUCAAGUGGACAGCCUACGGCUUCGUCAAGUUCUUCACUAAUGCCUGGUGCUGGCUGGACUUCCUCAUUGUGGCUGUGGUGGUGAAUGCCUUGGUGGGCGCCAUCCCCUCCAUCAUGAAUGUGCUGCUGGUGUGUCUCAUCUUCUGGCUGAUUUUCAGCAUCAUGGGAGUGAACCUGUUUGCGGGAAAGUACCACUACUGCUUUAAUGAGUCCUCUGAAAUCCGAUUUGAAAUUGAAGAUGUCAACAAUAAAACUGAGUGUGAAAAGCUCAUGGAGGGGAACAAUACAGAUAUCAGAUGGAAGAAUGUGAAGAUCAACUUUGACAACGUAGGGGCAGGCUAUCUGGCGCUUCUUCAAGUGGCAACCUUCAAAGGCUGGAUGGACAUCAUGUACGCAGCUGUCGACUCCCGAAAGCCUGAUGAGCAGCCUAAGUAUGAGGACAACAUCUACAUGUACAUCUACUUUGUCAUCUUCAUCAUCUUCGGCUCGUUCUUUACCCUGAACCUGUUCAUUGGUGUCAUCAUUGAUAACUUCAAUCAACAAAAGAAAAAGUUUGGAGGUCAGGACAUCUUCAUGACCGAAGAACAGAAGAAGUACUACAAUGCUAUGAAAAAGCUGGGCUCAAAGAAACCGCAGAAACCCAUCCCCCGCCCCCUGAACAAAAUCCAAGGUAUCAUCUUCGAUUUUGUCACUCAACAAGCCUUUGACAUUGUUAUCAUGAUGCUCAUCUGCCUUAAUAUGGUGACAAUGAUGGUGGAGACAGAUACUCAGAGCAAGCAGAUGGAGAACAUUCUCUACUGGAUUAACCUGGUCUUCGUCAUCUUCUUCACCUGUGAGUGUGUGCUCAAAAUGUUCGCCCUGAGGCACUACUACUUCACCAUCGGCUGGAACAUCUUCGACUUCGUGGUAGUCAUCCUCUCCAUUGUGGGAAUGUUCCUGGCUGAUAUAAUUGAGAAAUACUUUGUUUCCCCAACCCUAUUCCGAGUCAUCCGAUUGGCCCGUAUUGGGCGCAUCUUGCGUCUGAUCAAAGGCGCCAAAGGGAUUCGUACCCUGCUCUUUGCCUUAAUGAUGUCCUUGCCUGCUCUGUUCAACAUCGGCCUUCUGCUCUUCCUGGUCAUGUUCAUCUUCUCCAUCUUUGGGAUGUCCAAUUUCGCGUAUGUGAAGCACGAGGCUGGCAUUGAUGACAUGUUCAACUUUGAGACAUUUGGCAACAGCAUGAUCUGCCUUUUUCAGAUCACAACCUCAGCUGGUUGGGAUGGCCUGCUGCUGCCCAUCCUCAACCGUCCCCCUGACUGCAGUCUGGAUAAGGAACACCCAGGGAGUGGCUUUAAGGGAGACUGUGGGAACCCCUCAGUGGGCAUCUUCUUCUUUGUAAGCUACAUCAUCAUCUCCUUCCUAAUUGUGGUGAACAUGUACAUUGCCAUCAUCUUGGAGAACUUCAGUGUAGCCACAGAGGAGAGUGCAGACCCUCUGAGUGAGGACGACUUUGAGACCUUCUAUGAGAUCUGGGAGAAGUUCGACCCCGAUGCCACCCAGUUCAUCGAGUACUGUAAGUUGGCAGACUUUGCAGAUGCCCUGGAGCAUCCUCUCCGAGUGCCCAAGCCCAACACCAUUGAGCUCAUUGCCAUGGACCUGCCAAUGGUUAGCGGGGAUCGCAUCCACUGCUUGGACAUACUUUUUGCCUUCACCAAGCGGGUCCUUGGAGACAGCGGGGAGUUGGACAUCCUGCGGCAGCAGAUGGAGGAGCGGUUCGUGGCAUCCAAUCCUUCCAAAGUGUCUUACGAGCCGAUCACGACCACACUGCGGCGCAAGCAGGAAGAGGUGUCGGCAGUGGUCCUGCAGCGCGCCUACCGGGGACAUUUAGCAAGGCGGGGCUUCAUUUGCAAAAAGACAACUUCUAAUAAGCUGGAGAAUGGAGGUGCACACCGGGAGAAAAAAGAGAGCACGCCGUCUACAGCCUCCCUCCCGUCCUAUGACAGUGUAACUAAACCUGAGAAAGAGAAACAGCAACGGGCAGAGGAAGGAAGAAGGGAAAGAGCCAAAAGACAAAAAGAGGUCAGAGAAUCCAAGUGUUAGAGGAAAGCAAAAAUUAAAUAUUGUACAGAUUUAAAACUUGCAAGUGAAAGAUUGUUUACAAACUUUCUGAAUAUUAUCAAUGCAGAACAGCUGUGGAGACACUUUAUCCCGAAGAUCUAUACCAAACGUAGUCUGCUUACCAUGUCACACGGUUGCAUCUUGAGCAGUGACCUGCCAAGGGCAAAGGACCCUGCUCCCCAGACUCACAGAUUUUCUAAUGCUUGGGCAGGUGGUUACUGCAUGUUCCACAUCAGUCAAUGCAACUUAGGACAAAACUAACAGGAUACAAAAAACAGAGGAGAGGCUGCCGGGACCAGCAUAUUUCCGUUGCAGCCAAAUGGAUUUUAUUUUUUCAUUUUGUUGAUUCUCAGAAGCAGAAAGCAUCACUUUAAAAGUUUGUUUGUUCAUGCAAACUAUAUUUGCAUUCUUACAUUAGUUAAGCUAAGCAGCAAAAAGAAAAAACACACACAUUCACAUUUAGCCCAUGUCAUUUAAUUGUCAGUUUCUUUGACAUAAGCCACAUCUUCUCCACAUGGGCUUCACGUGGUUUGGAGAUGGGUGGGGGAAAACAAUCAGGUUUCUUCAGGCUGAGGAGGACUUGCUCAGGCUGAUUCCAAACAUUGUGCUCGUUCAAUGCGUAGAAAUGAUUUGCAUGAUGGCAUGCCGUGAUCAGAAGUCAUGCAUGAGAACCAUACACCACAGGACACUACUAAUCCUAUCCCCUGCACUGGGUCAGCCUUUGGACAGGACCCAGCCCUGCACCGUUCACUGUAUUUGGAGGAAAAAUGGUAAGAGUUCCAUACCUGCUGCAAUUCUUUAUGAAUUCUUAGAAGUCUUUCAUACACCUUCUGGGUAGGGAAACAUAACCAACCAAUUGACCACUACCACCACCAACAAAAAACAAACCCAGUCCAACAAGCAGAUGGAUCCGUUGCGUGUAUGUGUUUAACAGACAUCUCUAACAUACAGCCAUUGUUGCACAUUUUGAAAGAUGAACUAUUUAAUGCUGCUCUGUGUCCCGCACAUGGGGAAACUUUGAUCUCAAAUGGCUUGUAUUAAUAAUGUCACUGUAAAACCAAAUCCUAGGGCUAAAAACAAAAAUCAAAAAAAAAAGUUCAUUUGUAUCUUGCAAUAUUUAUGAUGAUUGUUUAGCCUUCAUACUGGAGAACUGACACUUAUUUGGGGUAGAGAUAAAAGUGCUAUUCAGCGUAGCAUGUUAUCUCUGGGGGUAAUUUGGGGAACUUAAAACAACCUUUCGUUGGGGGUUAAGGGGUGCUCACUUCAUUAGUACCAUGUCCUUCUGCAUUGUGGCUUUCUCGGGGCUUGGGUCCAUAUGGAGAGAGGUUCAGGUAUGCUGGACGGGCCUCUCUCUUCUACAGAGAGGUCGUCGCAAGCUCACACACUGCAUGAUUCCUCUUGCCUCCAUCACAUUUUUCCACCAAGCAGGGCUUCCCUUACCCGCAGAGGUGGGUGGGGGCAGCAGCCUUGGGGCUAUGGCUGUGGUUUCUUUCAUUUAUUAUUAGAAUAAACAGUCGCUGGUGGGACCUGAGGUAGAGACGGAGCCGCCUCUGAACCAAGCCCACUUGGUUUCUUUAUUGCACUGGUUUUCAUGAGAAAGUGAUUUAAUACUAAUUCUUAAGAUGUUCCAGCUUCCCCCAGUGCGUUCCCUUUCGGCCAGUUUUGCUUUGUGCUUAGCGACCUGCCCAUUGUCAUUGGAGGGUGGCUUUGGGGGGAGCGUCAUAUCUUCCAUCCCAUCUCCUGCUUUAGGGAAGACAGUUCCUAGUCCAGGAGUUUCUCAUCUGAUGACUAGAUUUCAAAGCCAAGAUGCUGCAGUUGAAUGUGUCAGGAAGUCUAUACAAAGAACAAGGAGAGACUUUAGCAUGCAAACCAAGUCAAAAUAAAUUCUUCCUGAACCAUACAGUAGAGGGGGGAAAAUACCACCCAUAAUCAGACACACCGAUCUGCCUUGCGGAAGAAGCACUUUGGAUGUGAUGGCACAGUCCACCUGACUAGUUUUGUAUAGAACAAACCACAGCAAGUCAGUAAGCAGAGCCUUCUAUCUUGUUGGACCAUUAGAAACUCGGUCCAGCUGUCAUAAGCCUGCUUCUGCAGCAUAACCCGUAGAACUUUCUGUACUACACCCGAUACCAGGCUGGGAAGGCAUUCCUUUCAGUGACCCUGCUAACUGCUAGGAUGGAUGUAUAGUAACAUGUACAGGCUACAUCGUCAACAGCACAAAACAGAAGCUGACAUGUGUGGUUAUUUUUAAGAGAAUUAUAAAUACUGUAAUAUAUCAUUUUAUUUUAUUGGCAUGCCUUUUUGUAAAUACAAAUUAUUAUUAAAUAGGAAAUGGCUUCUGGCUUAUGCCAUUGUCAUGUUUAUUUUUAUUUUUUAUACUUUUCUUUCUUCUUAGAAUUUAGAUGCUGUCAGCCAAUGUACAUCCCCAAACCAGACAGACAGACAAAAAAUUUUUUAUUGCUAAUGGUCUUUUCCAAAACAACAACAAAAUAUAUAUUUUUGUUCCAAUGUGCAAUAAAUUCUAACCACUUCUAUGCAAGAUUUGGCUAAACUUCAUAAUUGUUCUUAGUUCUUGAGAUGGGCAACAAGCGAUAAGAUCCCGCUCGGUACUCCAGGCGUUCAUGCUAGUGAUGCCAAGAAGCUACUAGAGCAUAUUAAUGAGACUUUUCUGAGAUCUGACCUUUUUCCUACCCCAGACCCUGAUCCCAGCCCAGCAAGCUGUCUCCUCAGUAACGCACACAUGGGCCUUGGUAUCUGACACCCAUCAGCCAGCUUCCUAGGCAAGAAGCCACCUCCACUCUAUCUGAAGUUGCACUUUUUUCUUUUAAACUUUUCCCACCUUCUUUUCCCUUGCCCACCGUCCCUCCCCCACUCACUGGCUCACUCGCUCACUCACCGCCUGCUCCACACUU